ACGGCUGCCAGCCUCGGAACCACACCACACCAAAUCACAGGAACUAAAAGGCUCCGAGUAAUUACAUUCCAAGAUUUGAUUUGAGGUCAUUUAUGUAGUUUCAUCAUACUCCCUUGCAAAAUAAAUAAUCAUAGAAAAAAGGACAGUACUAAAAUACGAACAAUGAUUUCUUUCCAUAGAGGAAUGGCUUGCAGAGUUGGCAAUGUCCUCUCAAACUCUCUCUGUCUCUCUCAGACACACUCUUUUCGCGGCAGUUAAGCUGCUCUAAUCUCCCCACCUACUCUUCUCUUCCUUUCUCUAACAAAAACAAGGGCUUUUAUCUCUCUACCCCAACAUCACUUCUAUUUCUUUAUUCAUUCCUUCCAUUUAUUGUUCUCAUUCAUUCAUUCAUUAUUUAUUUAUUUCCUUCCUAUUUUGCUCGUAUUUCUUUUUCCCUUUGACCUUCACUUCUACAGAGGUAGUAUCAGCUAAAUCCUCGAGAUAGAAAGAUGCCUCUGGUGAGGUUUCAGGUUCGGAACGAGUUCGGACUGGGGAACGCUGAGCUUCACUCGCGAGUCAACAAAGAGGACCCUAAAGCUGUGCUUGAUGGUGCUGCCGUCGCUGGUUUGGUGGGGAUCUUGAGGCAAUUGGGCGAUCUCGCCGAGUUUGCAGGAGAGGUGUUUCAUGGAUUGCAGGAGCAGGUAAUGGCUACAGCUUCCAGAAGCCAUAAAUUAAUGGUACGGGUACAGCACAUUGAAGCUGCUCUUCCUCCCCUUGAAAAGGUUGUGCUGGCACAAACGAGCCACAUACAUUUUGCUUAUACAGCUGGUUCAGAGUGGCAUCCCCGUGUACACAAUGAAAGACACCAUUUCAUUAACAAUGACUUGCCCCAUUUUAUUAUGGAUUCAUACGAAGAAUGUCGUGGUCCUCCUCGUGUGCACUUGCUUGACAAAUUUGAUACUGGUGGACCUGGAUCUUGCUUAAAGAGAUAUUCAGACCCAACCUUCUUUAAGAGAGCAUCAGCUGUGUUUGAUGAUGUAAAUGCGGAGAAAUAUCAAAGAGAUAGGAAGGCUCGACGAAGCAAGAAAAAACGAUCAUCAAAGCAGAAGGGAGAUGUAUCGCGUGGUGCCUCAGUGUCCAAUUCUCGUAAUAACAGCAUGCGAUUUAUUCCUCCUGUUAAUGGGCGAAGCUCUCCCUCCCAAGCCACUUCUAAAGUGGACACGACACUAAAAUAUGAUAAGGGAAACCAUUUAAAUUCUUUUGAUUCUAGAGCUGACUCUGGAUAUAUCGAAUGUGUUUUCCAUCCAAGUUCAUCGGUGCAAGCUGGAGAACAAGAAUUCAAGGAUUCACCCCCAUUUAGAGUGACUCAGCAUAGUGAUACUCGUAAUUCUGCCUAUGCUGAUGAACAUAUUGGCUUCAUGGAUGUUCACGUUUCCCAAAGUUCAUUACAGGAACCAAUUACUUCUGGUUCAUCAUGUGUUACCUGGGAUGAGAAGGCAGAGAUUAUGGAUCGUCAGAGUCAAGAGAGUAAUUUGGAUGAAACACUACAUCUGCAUGAGAAUUCACCUACUAUAGAUGCAAAUGCAUGUGAAGCUCGGAACAUUACAGUUGUUGAUCAAAUGGAAAUGUUUGGUGACAAAAGCACACAUGAACAAAUUUCAGAUCAAAUGGAAAUGCUUGGCAAGAAAAUCAUCCACGAAAGAACUGUUGAUGAAAUGGAAAUGCUUGCUGACGAAAAUAUCCACAAUAGAACGGUUAAUCAGUCAGUUAUGCUUGGUGAGCAAAACAUCCAUGGAAGAACUGUUGAUCAAAUGGAAAUGCACGGUGACAAAAUCAUCCACAGAACUGUUGAUCAAUCAGAAAUGCUUGGUGAACAAAACAUCCAUGGAAGAAUUUUUGGUGAAGAAAACAUACAUGAAAGAUCUGUUGAUCAAAUGAAAAUUCUAGAUGAAAUAAACAUACAAGAAAGAUCAGUCAGCCAAAUGGGAAUGCUUGGUGGCGAUAAUAUACAUGAAUCUGUCUCCAUCUCGAAUGAGAUUGAUGAAAAUGAAAGCGAAACUGACAAUUUCAUGGAUGCCCUUAACACCAUUGAAUCAGAAUCUGAAAAUGAUCUUGAUUAUCAGACCAAAAGGGAGGUAGAACAAUUUCCCACCAUUUUCAACAAUGAAGGGGAAGACAGAAUCCAUGAAGAUGAACUGAUUAUGCAUUGGUCAGAUCAUCAUGGUGAUCCUCCAACAUCUACAUUUGACAAUGUAUCCGUCACUUCCACUAACAAAGAAGUGGCGACAGAUCUCCGCGACUCAGUCUCUUUAGAGAGUUGUGUGCAUGAACAGCUGUGUACACCUGACAUUUCCCCAAACAAACAAGAGCCCUGUGAUCUUCCCAAUUCAUUUCCAUUAGACAGUCAUGAUGUCCAAAUUUCUCAGAAAACUACUGAAUCAUCUACAGAUCAUGAUGUUGUUGUUACUAGAAGUGGUGAUAUUUAUGCUGGUUCAAAAUUAGAAUCAAUUAUUUCUAACCCAUCAUCCUCUGUAACCAAGACUGCAGAUGUGCAGGAUCCACUGGAAAAGAAGACUAUGAGUGUAGUCUGUGAUUCUGAAGAAUCUCAGGUCCUACCCAGAAAUCAUUCAAUGAGGUUCUGGACUAAUGGUGGCUUGUUAGGACUUGAACCAUCUAAGCCUCCUGAUUUUUCCAUGUCAAGUACUGUAACUCAGGAUUCUGUGAAUGGCAGUAAAACAGAUACAGUUGGUCAAUUAAAACAUGCUCAUGAGCUUAAGGAUGAGAUGCAUGGAGGCAAUUUGAAUAUAUCUUCCAUGAACAUUGGUGAUAAUGAAAAGGAUUCUAGAACAAAUACAAAAUGCUCCACAGCGUGCUCCAAUGAUGAAGGUGAUGGUACCGUUGCUAAGAAAACAUCUCAGGGAUCUUCAACUGCUUGUUCAGACUCUACAUAUGGAAAUUCUGAUGAUUCUCAUAUGCAUAAUGGAAAUCAUACUGAUAAUUCAAAAGAGUCCAGUGUGUUUGGAACUGGUAAUGUACUUCCAGUUGCUCCAAAUACCAAAACCUCUUUUACUGAAACCAGUGAAGAGCAUGAUGAAAAUUCAUCUCUGGUUUUUGGACUUAGCCGUCGGUUACUUUCCAAUGGUUUUAGCAGAAAAGUGUCUGAUGUGAAAGAUGAAAAGUUUGAAUUCGUUAGUUCAAUGAAUGAUAGCAUUGUGGAACAGAGGAAUGAGCACCAUAUAGCAGCGCAUCAAAGAGUUCCAGAAAUAGCCCUCAAAGAUCAUUUUCAAUGUGGUUCUGCUGCCAAUUCACCCUCUUCUUCUCCACCACUUGAACAUAUGAAAAUAUCUUUCCAUCCUAUAGAUAGCUUCGAGACUUCUACGCUAAAACUUAAAUUUUCUGAUGGAACACAAAGCCAUGAAAGCAUGGGGGAAAUGUUUCCGUCAUUUCAAUUGAUCCCAAAGACUGCUAUUCCUCCGCACAACUAUAGUUCUGAUUCGGAUGAUGACACAUUUUGUAGAUCUUCUCCAUGCAUGUCAGAUGAUUGUCUUAGCCAUCACUCAGAACAGUGGGAAUGUGGGGAAACUAUGGAAGGCAAGGAAGAAGAUCAUGGUGUAUAUUAUGCCUUACAUGGAAUAUCAUCAGUGGAGCAUAUUUCAGGUUCUCUUGAUUUUGAUGAAAUAACCAAUGGUGAAAUCUGCUAUGAUGGUGGAUUUAAACGUUCAAACUCUGGCAAUGGGUUGGAACUCUCUCUCUGUGACCCUAUACUUGAUCUUCCAAGUUUUAAUGAUGAGAAAUCUUGUAUGGAACAAGAAACAAAAAAUGAUUCUGAUCCGAAGUUUCUCCUUGAUUCAAGAUGUCAUGCCGAUCCUUCCCCAAUGCCUCCACCUCUUCCUCCUGCACAAUGGCGGGUUUCGAAACCUCACAUGGAUGGGGCAGAAGACAGAACAAGCAUUACAUCUGAGGAUUUUAAAAAUGAAUUGGGUGCAAAAUUGUUGCCUUCUGUGACUUCCCCGCAACCAGAAGAAGUUCCAUCAGGCCAACAGAAUUAUGAACAACUCACUGUCAAACCAAAAACUAAGGACCAGCAGAAGUUAAACAGCCAGAAAGAAAUUAAGCAAGCCCCAAAUAGCAAUGGAGUCGAUGAAAGGGAGGACUUCUUACAACAAAUCAGAACAAAGUCAUUCAAUCUGAGACGCACCGUGACAGCAAAGCCAACUACUACAACACCUGCACCCGCACCUGCUGCAAAUAACAAAGUCACUGCAAUUUUGGAGAAAGCAAAUGCAAUUCGCCAGGUUUCACAUAUCCUCUUUUCCUUGUUUUUCCAUUUCUACUUCUUUUUUUACCCACUUAAAUUGACGAGUGAUAAAUUUCCAGGCUGUUGGGAGUGAUGAUGGUGAAGAUGACGACGAUAGCUGGAGUGACAUGUAAAUUUUACUUUAGACACGUUUGCUGUAGCUCGAACAAUCAAAAUGCUUUCAAUUUGAUGUAUGCUCACGAAGUUGAUUAAGGCCGUCUAUCUUAUGUGUAUAUGAAUAAAUAGUUUCUUUGUAAAUUAUGUUUAGGGAUAAUAUUGUAUCUCAUUGCAAUUAUUUUUCUUAAAUAUAUUUUUAUAAUGGCAA